CCCAGGCCGCCGGGUGCGCGCCGGCGCCUGCGCAGUGACCUCCGAGCGCCGCGACGGGAAUGGCGGCCGUUUUGGAGUCGCUGCUGCGAGAGGAGGUCUCGGUCGCAGCCGCCGUGCGCUGGAUCGCGCGCAGCUUCCAGAGUUCUGAGGAUGACCCGGCAGAGGCGGCCGCCCUCCGCUCGCUCCAGCCGCUGCGGAAGGAAUUCGUGCCGUUCCUGCUGAACUUCCUGAGGGAACAGAGCGGCCGCGUCCUUCCGCAGGGCCCCCCAACCCCGGCCAAGGCCCCGGGCUCCUCGGCAGCGCUGCCCGGGAGGCCGGGGGGCCCGGCGCGGGGCGGCCGCGGGGCGCGCAGCCAGCUGUUCCCGCCGAUGGAGCCCGCGAGCUCUGCCGAAGCGCCUCUGGCCCGCCGCGGGGGCAGGAGGCGGGGCCCGGGGCCGGCCCGCGAGCGUGGAGGCCGCGGCCCCGGGGGCCCGGAGGAGGGAGCCGGCGCGGAGAGCCUGCCCUGGACCGGGGCCCGGAGGCCGAGGGGCCCGGGCAGCCCCGUCAGCCCCGCGCACCGCGAUCCGCCCAACCUCAGCAACCUGGAGGAGUUCCCUCCCGUAGGCUCGGUACCCCCCGGCUCGGCAGGCAGGACGAAGCCAUCCCGCAGGAUCAACCCAACACCGGUGAGCCAAGAGCGGUCUCUCUCCAAACCCAAGACAUGCUUCACCUCACCCCCCAUCAACUGUGUCCCCAGUUCCCAACCCUCAGUCCUGGACACUAGCCCUUGGGGCCAUGGCCUCCCCCCAGGGUGCAGAAGUCUGCAAGAGGAGCGGGAGAUGCUCAGGAAAGAGCGCUCUAAGCAGUUGCAGCAGUCACCUACCCCCACCUGUCCCACUUCAGAGUUGGGGUCUCCUCUCCCCAACCGGACAGGAAACCUUACAGCUGAACCCGCUGACCCUGCGAGAGUAUCUUCCCGCCAGCGCCUGCAGCUGGUAGCCCUGGUCUACUCUAAGUGCAUAACAGAGAACCUGGUACCAAACCUCUUCUUGGAGCUUUUCUUCAUCCUUCAGCUGCUUACUGCCCGGAGGAUGGUGGGCACCAAGGACAGUGAGCCUGAGCCGAGUCUAGGAGCCUCCGAGUCCCUGGAAAGCCCACUGUUCCAGAAUGUCCAUGACUGUGUCUUCUUUGCAGUGCAGGUUUUGGAGCAUCAGUUUCAAGUUCUUUCCUACUUGGAUAAAGGGACCUUGAAGCUAUUAGCUGAAAAUGAGCGGCUGCUGUGUUUCUCUCCAGCACUGCAAGGCCGCCUUCGUGCUGCCUAUGAGGGCAGUGUUGCUAAGGUCUCUCUGGCAGUGCCACCUUCUGCUCAGGCUGUCUCCUUCCAGCCAGAAACUGACAACCGUGCCAACUUUUCCAGUGACCGAGCCUUUCAUACUUUUAAAAAACAGAGAGAUGUGUUUUAUGAGGUGCUGCGAGAAUGGGAAGAUCGCCAUGAGGAACCUGGCUGGGAUUUUGAGAAGGGUUUGGGCAGCAGGAUCAGAGCCAUGAUGGGUCAGCUCUCUGCAGCCUGCAGCCACAGCCAUUUUGUUCGACUUUUCCAAAAACAGCUUCUCCAGAUGUGUCAGGGUCCAGAUGGUACAGGGGGCCCUGUCUUGGGCGAGGCUCCCGAUGUGCUAAAUAUGCUUGGCGCUGACAAGCUGGGGCGGUUGCGGCGUCUCCAGGAAAGACUUGUGGCUCCUCAGAGCAGUGGGGGGCCCUGCCCACCCCCUACCUUCCCAGGCUGCCAAGGCUUCUUCAAGGACUUCAUCCUGAGUGCCAGCAGCUUCCAGUUUAAUCAGCAUCUCAUGGAUAGUCUAAGUUUGAAGAUCCGGGAGCUCAACAGCCUCGCCUUACCUCAGCCUGAGCCUAGUGAUGAAGACGGGGACUCAGACGUGGACUGGCAGGGUGAACGAAGACAAUUUGCUGUGGUGCUACUCAGCCUGAGACUUCUAGCUAAAUUCCUGGGUUUUGUGGCAUUCCUGCCCUACCGGGGGCCUGAACCACCCCCAACUCGGGAGCUCCAGGACUCUCUUCUGGCCCUCAGGAGCCAGGCGCCCCCUGCCCUGGAUGUGCGGGCCCUGCUCCAGCAGGGGCUGCAAACCCGCCGGACAGUGCUCACAGUACCCUGGUUGGUGGAGUUCCUAUCUCUGGCUGACCACAUCGUGCCCUUGCUGGACUAUUACCGCAGCAUCUUCUGUCUCCUGCUCCACCUGCAUCGGAGCUUGGUCUUGUCGAAGGAAAGUGAAGGAGAGAUGUGUUUCCUCAACAAGCUGCUGCUGCUUGCUGUCUUAGGCUGGCUCUUCCAGGAGCCACAAGGCAGGAAAAAUGCCAGGUGUGAGGUGCUGACACUCUGCCCUACCCUGCCCUCAUCUCACCAGAUCCCUACAGUUCCCGAGGACUUGUUCUUUCUGGAAGAGGGUCAGAUGGACACCUUUGAAGUGGACACAGUAGCAGCAGAGCAUGGCUUGGAUGGCAUGCCCGUAGUGGAUCAGCACCUGCUCUACACCUGCUGCCCCUACAUUGGAGAGCUUCGGAAACUGCUGGCUUCCUGGGUGUCUGGCAGCAGCGGGCGGAGUGGGGGCUUCAUGAGGAAAAUCACCCCUACCACCACCACUGGCCUGGGCACCCAGCCUCCCCUGAGCACCCAGGGGCUUCAGGCCCAGCUCGCAGAAGCCUUUUUCCACAACCAGCCUCCCUCCCUGCGCAGGACCGUGGAGUUUGUGGCAGAGCGAAUCGGCUCCAACUGUGUCAAACAUAUCAAGGCCACACUGGUGGCAGAUCUGGUGCACCAGGCCGAGUCGCUUCUUCAGGAACAGCUGGUGUCACAGGGACAGGAAGGGGGUGAUCCAGCCCAACUGUUGGAGAUUUUGUGUUCCCAGCUGUGCCCCCAUGGGGCCCAGGCACUGACCCAAGGGCGGGAGUUCUGCCAGAAGAAGAGCCCUGGUGCCGUGCGGGCGCUGCUUCCCGAGGAGACCCCUGCCGCUGUUCUGAGCAGCGCAGAGCACAUUGCUGUGGGGCUUGCAACAGAGAAAGCCUGUGCUUGGUUGUCAGCCAAUAUCACAGCACUGAUCCGGAGAGAGGUGAAAGCUGCAGUGAAUCGCACACUCCGAGCCCAGGGUCCAGAAGCAGCUGUCCAGGGGGAGCGGAGGGGCUGCUCCCGUGCCUGUGAGCACCGCGCUUCCCUCCCCUCCCACCUCAUCUCCGAGAUCAAAGAUGUGCUUGCUUUGGCCACUGGGCCCCGGGACCCUGAGGAGGGAGUUUCUCCAGAGCACCUGGAGCAGCUCUUGGACCAGUUAGGCCAGAUGCUCCAGUGCCGCCAGUUUCUAUGCCCACCAGCUGAGCAGCAUCUGGCAAAAUGCUCUGUGGAGCUAGCGUCCCUCCUUGUUGCUGAUCAGAUUCCUAUCCUGGGACCCCCACCACAGCACCGGCUGGAGCGUGGGCAGGCCCGAAAACUCCUGCAUAUGCUGCUUUCCUUGUGGAAGGACAAUUUUCAGGUGCUGGUUCCACUUCAGCUACUGCUAAGCCCAAGAAACGUGGGGCUUCUGGCCCACACUCGGCCAAGGGAGUGGGACCUGCUGCUGUUUUUGCUCCGGGAGCUGGUAGAGAGGGGUCUGAUGGGACAGGUGGAGAUAGAAGCCUGCUUGGACAACCUCCGUGGGGCCCAGUGGCCUGAGGAUUUCUCAGAAGAACUUGCCACUUUGUUCAACCUGUUUCUAGCUGAACCCCACAUGCUAGAACCACAACUAAGAGCCUGUGAGCUGGUACAGCCAAAUCGGGAGACUUUGCUGGCCCAAAGCUAGGACUUGGAAAUGGCCCUAGCUUGGGCAUCUCACCAGCCCCAUUUGCCUGCCUCAAGUGCCCACCGCUGACCCUUGUGAGUCUGCAGUCUAGGCUGCAAGGGAGUCUUGCCUGGUUCAGAAUUAUGGUGGACAAGCCUAGGACUCCAGAGUCCUGCAACGGAAGAAUUGGCAGUUAUCACUUGGAUACUAAGUGGAAUGAUGUGUUGGGCUUUGAGCCCUAUUUGCUGCUAUUCCAGCAUUGAAUAAAACAGUGGUUCAGGAAAUCAUGACAGAGACAACUUCUGCUUAUCUGCUUGUAAGUAAAAUAUGAACCUUGGAAGUCUCCUGUCCUGACAGACUGGCUCUCCGGUGCAGGCAGCAGCCCAGCUCCACCCAGGAGCCACAUGAGAACUUCAGAGCUUUUUAAAAUAAACUCUUUUCUUUACCAGGG